AUGGAAGACAUUAGAGGUCUUGUGUUGGGCCAGCAGCAUGGCGUGAUCCCGGAAGGCCGUCAGCACCAGCAGCAACAGCAGCAGCAGCAGGCAGCGAGUAUCGAUGGCCAACAGCAGCAGCGGCAGCAGCAGCAGCAGCAGCAGACGCAGCAGCAGCGGCAGACGCAGCAGCAGACACAGCAGCAGCAGCAGCAACAGCAGCAGCAGCAGCAGCAGCAGCAACAGCAGCAACGGCAGCAGCAGCAGCAGCUACGCGCAGAGGAUACAGCGGAGGCACAGCCCGCGCACCUCACGCUGCGCUCGCCGUUCCUUCCGUCCGCGUCCGCUCCCGCCGUCGCCCAUCGGCCGCACCGUGUGUGCGACGCGUGUUCGUGCCAGCCCGCGGUGCUCUACUGCGCCGCGGACGACGCGUACGUCUGCGAGCCCUGCGACGUCUUCGUGCACUCCGCCAAUCCGCUCUCGCAGCGCCAUGAGCGCGUGCGCUUGGGCCCCAACGGCGCGCCGCUUAAGAUAGAUCGCAGAGGCGCGGGGUUGUCUUCCGAUGCGGCCGGCAGUCUUCCGCGCGCCGUUGCGGGGAGAGUGCUGCGCGGAGAGUUGGCGCAGAGCCUGCUUCCGCGCGCAGACGAGUCUGGGGUUCGGGGCGCGGCGGCGACGUGCAGUGACGCGGAGGAGGGUGUGGCGGGGAGCGUGGCGGGGCCGACGGCGGGCGCGAUCGGCGCGGAGAGCGCGCAGAGCGGACUGCCCUCCAGCAUGUCCGGCACGAGCUCGUCGUCGCACCCGCCCGACCCCCGCUGCCCCUCCCGCGCGCACCGCCCGCCCGACACCAACUGCACAGCUCAAGGCGGGGUUGCUGUCGCGCGCGCGGGUGACGCGAGGAGGGGAGCAGGUAGAGGGGGGAGAGCGGCGGAUGAGGUGGACGUUGCAGGGGGGAGCGCGGGGGGCAGGCUGCAAGGGGCGAGUGCAGGCGGGGUGGCGUGCAGCGUGUUGCGGUGGAAGGUGCGGGAGGGCGCCGCCGCCAUGCAUGCGCCGCAGGACCACCACCCGCAGCAGCAGCAGUCCACGCCGCAGAGCAGACCGGCCGCGUCACCUGCACCUGCGCAUGACGCAGCGCCCAAGGCAACAGCUGGCUCUGUGCGCCUAUCACCAGCGUCCACGUGGUCGUUUGCCCCCUCUCCACGUCACACCAACGAGUCCCUGCAGGGUGCCUCGCCGUGGGCCAAGGCCGCAGCCGGCGCGGCGCAUUCCCCCCUCUCCGCGCCCGCGGGGUUGUGCGCCAAAUCACAUCUGCUGCGCGCGCCCGCGAGCCCGUUCACUCCCCCCAGCCCCUAUGCAGGCUGCCUGCUCUCGCUGCCCGGCGCGCCAGGCGGGAAGGCGCACGCGCCUCGAUCUCUCCAGUCGCCCCGCACUGCUCCUCCUGCACCCGCAUCCGCACCCGCACCCGCUCCCGCACCCGCUCCCGCACCCGCAUCCGCAUCCGCGGCCGGCGGACGGGGCGUGGAAGCACGCGACGGGCGAGACACGGCGAGGGGUGCCGUGCGGGCGGGAGGAGAGGCGAGGGGAGCGGAGGAGGUGCAGGGGGGCGGGGGGAGGGAGGAGAGGGAAGGAGGCGCGGAGAUAGCGGCGGGAUGGAUGGACGAGCGGGUGGCGCAGGUGUGCGGGGAGGAGGAGGCGGGGGAGGCGGGGCGACUGGGCAGCAGCAGCGGGUUCGAGGAGUUCGAGGACAUGAUGAGCGGCAUGGGGGGCGCGGAGGGCGCGGCGGGCAUGGCGGGCAUGGCGGGGCUGGACGACAUCGACGAGGACGACCAGUUCGCGCGCGACCUCGCGCUCUGCAUGACCCCGCGCGCGGCCCCGCCGCCCUCCGCCACACCUCCCGCCGCUUGCCCCCCGUCGUCCCCUCUCCUGGCGAGGCUGCAAACCGCUGCUGCGGCGCAGCAGGCCCAUCCCAACCAUGCCAGCUACUUCACCCCCCCGUCUGCCACUUCAGCCGCCGCUGCCUCUGGCGCUGGCGCUUCCCCAUGCGGCGAGUCCCCCCACGCGUCAGUGGCGGCGGCAGCGGUGCAGCCCGCGGCGGCGGUCCAUGCGUCGCGCACCCACGCGCUGCCCCCUGACGGCCCCGGGCUGCCCGCGCGCCCCGCGAAGCGACAGCACCUGCGGGGACUGGGGUUUGGUUGGGCAGCAGGUUUGGUUGCAGGCUCAGGUGCAGGUAUGAGUGUAGGUGCACAGGGAGGGGAGGGAGCUGGGAGUGCAGCGGGAGCGACAGGCGGGGUGAGAAGCACAGCAGAGGGGGGAGGGCUGGCCAGUAUUGCGGAAGGCGGGGGGGCGGGCGUGGAGGCGGGAGGAGGAGGUGGGGUGAAGCGUGAGGCAUGGGUGGGCAUGGGUCCAGUGGCAGCACGACAGGGCGUGCAGGGCGUGGGGAUGGCGGGCAUGCGUGGGCACGCACAGCAGCACAUGCACCUUCCCAUGCACCCCCAGGGCCUGUCACCCUGCGCAUCGCUGGACCGCUGCAACCCUGCGUCCCCCACCGCCGCUGCUGCGAGCAUGUCCGUCAGCCACGCCCCUGCCAGCAGCUUCCUCAGCUCCUCCGCUGCUGCUGCUGGCAGCGCCGUGGCAUCCGCAGCAGCGCUGUCAGAUUCCGCCAUGGACGCGCGCGCCCCCGCCUCUGCCUCCGCCUCCGCGUCCGCCACCCACUCACACUCACACUCCCACUCGCUCUCGCUCUCCGAUGGCCAGCAGCACCACCAGGGGCACGCGCAACCCCUGCAGCAGCGCACGGCAGCAGGGGGUGGGAGCCCGGCGGAGAGAGCUGCAGAGCGGUGGGAGGGCAGUGAGGGCAGGAGGGCGCGGGAGUGGAAUGGGAAGGUGGGUGCGUGCGGGGGUGAAGCCAGGGGGCGGUCAUCAGGGGAGGCGGAGGGGGGCGUGGAGGAGGCAGAGGAGGUGGUGAUGGAGGAGGGCGCCGUGGAGGCUCAGCUCAAGGGCGUCGCCUCGCACCUCACCCUGCUCGCCGCACACCCUCACUGCCCUCCCGCACACCAACCCCAGGGGGAGAACGUGCGGGGCAGCAAGGAGGGUGCGGACAGGCGUGCAGCAGCGAUGCGAGGCGUGCUGGGUAGUUUGGGGGAGAGGGGUGCGGGCGGGCGGUGGUGUCCGGCGCUGCACCUCAACUAUGCUGACAUCAUCACUGCCUGGUCGCAUAACGGCCUCCAGGCAUCGCCCUGGCUGGACGACACCCCCCCCUCGCUCGCCCUCCACGCGCAGCCCUCUGUGUGCUCCGAACCCCAGCCACUGCAGGCGGCCAUGACCCCACACUCGGUGAUCAGCACGGGGCGAGAGGAGGGACCGGAGGGCGAGGUGGGCGAGUCGGGGGUGAGUCGUGUGGCGUCGGUGCCGCACGGGCUGGACCGCGUGUGCAGCGACCUGCUGCUCGAGGACGGGCACCUGGACGGGCACAUUGACGGGCAGGUGGAGGGGCAGGUGGAGGGGUACGUGGAGGGGCGGGAGGCGCGGGUGCUGCGGUACCGGGAGAAGCGGCGCAACCGGCUCUUCUCCAAGACCAUCCGCUACCAAGUGCGCAAAGUCAACGCCGACCGCCGCCCGCGCGUCAAGGUGUGCUCUUGGGGGAGGAGAUGGGAUUUGAAGGCUGUUGUGGUUUUCUUUCAUGGCUUCUGUUAG